GCCAGGUAAAACAAGGGAGUUGACAGUUCCUCAUCAGACUGGGACGGAGAGAUAAAAACACGACGAUAAGUUUGAUGAAACUAAGUGUAAAUGAGAAUAGACUCAGCUUUGCGUCCAGAAUGUUCCUGCUGGUGUUUGUAGUUCUUCUGGGAACAGGUCUGACGGUAAACGGCGAUCAACCUGAUGUGGAGCUGCAUUCAGAGAUCGUCCAUGCUGAUGCAGACAGUGGCAUGGGCAUGAUGCUGGUGUGUAGAGCCAGAGGCUUCAUCACAUCAGACAUCAUCUUGAACAUGAAGAAGAAUGGCUUCAUUCUGACAAAAGGCGACGGAGUGGAGACUUCAGGAGUUAAACCAGACAGAGACCAAACCUUCUGGAGAAGAGACCAUGUGAUCGUUCCUCAUUCUGAAGUGUCUCGUUACAGCUGUGAAGUCGUUCAUGCUUCAUCCAGUUUCCGUGUUGAGAAGGUUUGGGAUCCUGACUCUGAUGGAGGACGGAUCAUUUCAUCUGAGUUCAUUGACACAACUCCUCCUCAUGUGGAGAUGUUUACAGAGUACUGCAGUGUUGAGAAGAACAUCUUUUUGUUGUGUGAGGCCUCAGGCUUCUACCCACACAACAUCACUGUGAACAUCAAGAGGAGCGGCCAGAUUCUAACCAGAGAGGACGGAGUGGACACUUCAGACCUUCGUCCAAAUGGAGACGGCACCUUCCAGAUAAGAUACCGUGUGGAGAUCGGAAAGUCAGACCCGUCUGUUUUCAGCUGUGAAUUCAUUCAUGCUGCAUCUGGUUCACGUGUUGAGAAGGUUUGGGCUCACCCUGAGGUGAAGAUGUUUACAGAGAUCGUUCAUGCUGAUGCAGACAGUGGCAUGGCCAUGAUGCUGGUGUGUAGAGCCAAAGGCUUCAUCACAACCGACAUCAUCCUGAACAUCAAGAAGAAAGGCUUCGUUCUGGGUAAAGGCGACGGAGUGGAGACUUCAGGAGUUAAACCACACGGACACAAAACCUACUGGAGAAGAGACCAUGCGAUGAUUCCUCAUUCUGAAGUGUCUGAUUACAGCUGUGAAGUUGUUCAUGCUUCAACCCGUUUCCGUGUUGAGAAGGUUUUGGAUCCUGACUCUGAUGGAAAAGGACGGAUCAUUUCAUCUAAGUUCAUAGACACAACUCCUCCUGAUGUGAAGAUGUUUACAGAGAACUCUGAAGUUCAGACCAACAUCUCUUUGACGUGUCUGGCCUCAGGCUUCUACCCAAACAACAUCAUCAUGAAUAUGAAGAGGAACGGCCGUAUUCUAACCAGAGAGGACGGAGUGAAGAGUUCAGGAGUUUGUUCAUGUGAAGACGACACCUUCCAGAGAAGAGACUCUUUGGAGAUUAAAAAAUCAGACAAGUCUGAUUACAGCUGUGAAGUCAUUGAUGCUGCAUCUGGUUCACGAGUUGAGAAGUUUUGGGAUCCUGACUCUGUUGGAGGAGGACGGAUCAUUUCAUCUAAGUUCAUAGACACAACUCCUCCUGAUGUGAAGAUGUUUCCUGAGAACUCUGAAGUUCAGACCAACGUCAUUUUAACGUGUCUGGUCUCAGGCUUCUACCCAAACAACAUCAUCCUGAAUAUGAAGAGGAACGGCCGUAUUCUAACCAGAGAGGACGGAGUGAAGAGUUCAGGAGUUAGUCCAAAUGAAGACGGCACCUUCCAGAUAAGAGACUCUGUGGAGAUUAAAAAAUCAGACAAGUCUAAUUUCAGCUGUGAAGUCUUUCAUGCUGCAUCUGAUACACAAGUGAAGAAUGUUUGGGAUCAUCAUCUUCCUCACUCAGGUGGAGUUGCUGUCAUCAUUGGUGCAGUGAUAGGAGUCCUGGUCCUGGUUCUAGUUGUGGUGCCGGUGGUUUGGUUCAGAAAACGCAUCCUUGGAGCUCUUGUCAGAUGCAGAACAAUCUUCACCCCAGGUGCAUCCUCUGUGUUGUGAAUGUUGUGUGUGUUGGUGUCUGUGCAGGACUGAUUUAAAACAUGUGGCUGAUGUUAUUCUGGAUUUUUCUCUCCACCAUCAAACUAACAAUGUGUUGUCUGGACUCUCCUCCUGAUCCAGACACAUUUACUAGAUCGGUAGCAGCUUAAACAUCAGUCCAGUGUCCUUUCCCUCAGAGAAAGUGUUGAUGCUGCCUUUUGUACUAAUCCAGAGUUAUGAGAUGAUCAGACACUCAGACGUGGACACUGGACAGAGGAGUCACUGAGUCAGUUUAAGAGUCAAGU